AUGCAUCUUCGAUGCUCUGCUCAUAUCAUUAAUCUAGUUGUGAAGGAUGGUUUGUAUGAAGUGGAUAAGGCCGUGACUUCUAUUCGGAAUGCUGUGUCUUAUGUAAGAGCAUCAACAAACAGAGUGAAGGCGUUUGAUUCUAGAGUUGAGUCACGGAAGAUGACAAGAGGAAGUUUAAGUCUGGACUGUAAGACAAGAUGGAACUCAACGUACCUGAUGCUAUUGAGAGCUUCUAAGUUCAAGACUACUUUCAUCAAAAUGGCUGAAGAAGACAAGUUGUAUACUGACCAUUUUCAAGAAAAGGUCGAUGGGACUAAACGGAUUGGGCCACCUACACCAGCUGAUUGGGAGUCUGUGGCAAGGUUAGUGAGGUUUCUCAUCAUUUUUUACAAGUCUACUCUGGUGGUUUCUGCUUCUACUUUUGUCAAUUCUUACAAGUGUUACAAUGAGAUUGUAACUAUUGAAAGAAAUCUCAUUAAGCUGAGUACUGAUACUGAUGAAGCACUAAGGAAAAAAGCCACUGCUAUGAGAUAUAAAUUUGAUAAGUAUUGGGAAGGAACCAAGAAAAUCAAUAGGCUGUUGAUAGUUGCGAGCAUUUUGGAUCCGAGAAACAAAAUGAAGUUUGCGGAUAUGUGCUUUGAUAUGCUUUACGGUAAGGACAGCAUGGAAGCUAAGGGACUUCAUGAUGCAGUCAUAGAGGUUAUGAAGAGGUUAUUUGAAGAGUAUAAUUCUGCUAUGGUCCCACCUGUGAAUGCUACAUCUUCUCAGUCUGUAGCAUCUUCGUCUCAGACUCAGAACCAUAUUACACAAGAGUCUGAAGAGCAGGUUGAAGGCGAUCUAGACUUAGAGGAAGAGCUCGGGUAUGAAAGAAUGGACUCUUUGUACAAAGAGAUGGCAAGUGAAAUCGGGUUUCAGGAUGCAAGUAACGAGCUGGAGUUAUAUCUGAAGGAGAGAACAGAGAAUCCGAAGACAACUAUGGCCGGUGUAGAAUAUGAUGUGUUAGGUUGGUGGCGUCUCAACACUCAGAAGUAUCCAGUCUUAUCUGAGAUUGCAAGGGACGUUCUGGCAAUGCAAGUUACUUCGGUUGCUUCUGAGUCUGCUUUCAGCACAAGUAACCGAAUUUUAAAUCCUUCUAGAAGUUGCUUAACACACUAUAUGAUAGAAGUUUUAAUGUGCACUGAGCAAUGGAUGAAGACUGAUAGUCACUUGAAUGAGAAGGAAGUUGUUAUUACAAAAGAGCAAUUGCUUGCUGAGAUUGAAAUGCAGGAUAAACUACAGAGAGAACAAGGAGUAGGCGUAGCAGUAGACAACUUAGAGAAGGAGUGA